CGUGAUGACGCAGGCGCCGGACGUCGCCCCCUCCCCCUGCCGGGCCCGCCCGUGCGUGAUGACGCAGGCGCCCGACGUCGCCCCUCCCCCCAGGACCGGCCGCUUCCCAACGGUUUUCCCGACCGCCUCCCGGGAAUCGGCGGGAAUCGGCGGGAUGGAGAGCGUGCGCUGGGCUUUUCCCUGCGGAGCCUGGGGCCCCGGCGCGGCCCAGUGGCUCCUGGCGGCGCGCUGCGUGCAGCCGGAGGAGAAGGAGCGCAUCGGACGCUGCGUCUUCGCCCGCGACGCCAAGGCGGCCAUGGCCGGCCGUCUGCUGAUGAGGAAGUUGAUCGCGGAGAAACUGAAUAUCCCGUGGAACGACAUACUCCUGCAGAGGACGUCGAAGGGGAAGCCGGUCCUCGCGAACGAUGUCGUCGGCACUCAUCCCAAUUUCAACUUCAACAUCUCCCACCAAGGGGACUACGCGGUCCUGGCUGCCGAACCUCAGCGACAGGUCGGCAUCGAUAUCAUGAAGACCAAUUUGCCAGGUAGGGGUUCGAUUUCAGAAUUCUUUCGGAUCAUGAACAGACAGUUUACGGUGAAAGAAUGGAUGUCAAUCAAGGCCUUUGACGACGAAUGGAAUCAACUGGAUAUGUUUUACAGGCACUGGGCACUGAAAGAAAGCUUCAUAAAGGCCAUCGGAAUUGGAAUAGGCUUUAAGCUGCAGCGGAUUGAAUUUAACGUGUCGCCGUUGCACCUCGAAGUAGGCAAAGUCUAUAGCGACACAACUAUGUGCUUGGAUGGAGAAGAAGAGGAAGGAUGGACUUUUGAGGAAACACGACUGGAUAAGUACCAUCAUGUUGCGGUGGCUCUUGGGAAACCAGAGGGAUCCAGGGACCAUCCUCCUCCUGCUCUUUCUCAGGAUCUUAGUGAGCCAGCUCAGUCCCAGUUCACUUUCCUGACGUUCAAUGAUUUGGUAGCUCCGUCGAUUCCUCUGACCCUUGAAGACCCUGCCUAUUGGGAAGACUUUUGCUCCAAACAGGAGGUGCCAGCUUGAAACUGCCCGAGUUCACGGUCGUGCCAUCUUCCCGAGAAUGCCGGAGGAUGUAUUGGAGAAAAUUUUAGAAACUGGCCUCCGAAGAAGUCAAGAGUCAUAAGAUAGUCCCCAGCACCUUUUUUGCCCCCACCCCUUCCAGCUCAAACACACGUUCGUAUCUGACAUCUUGCCCUGUGCGUUAGCGAUUCCGAGUGAUUUAAGCAGCAGUGGCCCAGAACUUCUGGAAUUUCACAGUGUUGGGAAGCUUUGGUUGUGACUAGAUUAGACUAGGCUAGCCCGCGUGACUACACCUCAGAGCCCCGUCAGGGACAUUUUACCCCUGGUCUUGUCGGGCUCUGAGUUCUGCUUUUUACGUGAUUUUUGUAUUCAUUAUUAUCCUAUCACCUUUCCUAUUGUGUCUGUGUCACCCCUGCCCCUCCCCACCCCCGCCAACCUUUUGCGUAGAUAGCGAGCCCCCGGAGAGCCAGGGACUGGGUCUAGUUUUACCGGUGUGUUUUUUUCCAGUGGUUAGCUCGAUGUUCCACCCCCAGUAGGUACUUAAUAAUCAAUCAGUGGUGUUUAUUGAGGACUCACAGUGGGCAGGGCACUGUACUAACACUUGGGCGAGUACGAUACAGCAACAGAGUUAGUAGGCGUGUCCCCUGCCCACAGCCAGCAUCAAAAAUGUGCUAGGAAAUCACAGCAGAUGUGUUAAUCAUGUAUUUGAAUUCUGUCGGUGAUAAAGAAUCAUUUCUAAAAACGGACCAGAAUGACUUUUUGGGAAUUGUCAUCGAUAAAGAAAAGAAUUGGCCCUUUUUUUUUGAAAAUAUCACUUGAGAAACACAUGAGUGAGUGUGACUACAACAAUAAAGCGUACACUAUCACCUCC